AGAAUUACCUUGUGGACCUUGUGUGCCUUGUGUCAGUAAACGUCAUUGUUUAGGUAAAAAUAUAAAUAACUAGUUUUUUAAAAAAUUAAAUAUAAAUUGAAUUGACAAUAAGUGUAAAUUAAAAUCUUGUAAAUUUUUUUAUCAAAUAACAUCCAAACUGAUGAAGCAUAUUUCGAACAAUAUUGUGACUAAAAACUGUAUUUUUUUGAUGGUUGAGACACAGCCAGUUGAAAUUACAAGCCACGCUGACAAUAAAAAAAAAGUUCAACACAUAAAAUCAAAUAGACAAAAUUGUAUCUACAUUAUUUGAUAUAAAUUGAGGAAAAAAAAAAUAUAAAUUAAGGUGAUGAAAAUAAAAUGGCAGAACAACAUAGGCAAGCUCCAAUACCAAUAAUAAUUGGUGCACAAUAUAAACUUACAAAAAAAAUUGGAUCAGGAUCAUUUGGUGUUAUUUAUCAUGCAGUUAAUUUGCUGAAUGGCCAGGAGGUGGCUGUAAAACUUGAAAACAACAAGACACGUCAUCCACAGUUGGAGUCUGAAUCAAAAUUAUACAAAUACCUUGUUGGUCCUGGUGUUCCACGGACUUUUUGGUAUGGACAAGAGAAAGAUUGGAAUGUACUUGUGAUGGAUUUACUUGGACCAUCGUUAGAAGAUUUAUUUAAUUUUUGUUCUCGAAAAUUUACCAUUAAAACAGUUCUCAUGUUGGCUGACCAAAUGAUUAAAAGACUUGAAUAUCUACAUAACAAACAUUUUAUUCACAGAGAUAUUAAACCAGAUAAUUUUUUAAUGGGAAUUGGUCGUCAUUGUAACAAGCUUUUUCUCAUUGAUUUUGGUUUAGCUAAAAGGUUUCGAGAUCAUCGAAGAAUUCACAUACUUUAUCGUGAAGAUAAAAAUUUAACAGGUACAGCUAGAUAUGCAUCAAUAAAUGCUCAUCAAGGAAUUGAACAAAGUCGUCGUGAUGAUAUGGAAUCACUUGGUUAUGUAUUAAUGUACUUUGUUAAUGGUGCAUUACCUUGGCAAGGUCUCAAAGCUGGCACCAAGAAACAAAAAUACGAUAGAAUAUGUGAAAAAAAAAUGUCAACACCUCUUGAAGUACUCUGCAAGAAUAUGCCAGCUGAAUUUGUAACGUAUCUACAGUAUACAAGAGAUCUUCGUUUUGACGAAUGUCCCGACUACGUGUUUCUCUACCAACAAUUUAGAAUGUUGAGCUUUAAAUUGCAUACACCAUAUGACUACAUAUUUGACUGGACAAUAUUAAAGCAAAAUAGACCAUCUAAUCUUCCUUCAAAUUUUGUCGACAAAGAAAGUAUUACAGCACAGUUGAUAAAUCAUGUAUGAUUUUAACUAGGCUACUUAACAUUUCCGAACAUAAAUCUCCAAAAAUUGUUAUACCGUGUUUCAAGUCGUACAUAAAAAUAUAUCAUUUAUAUUUUCUCGAAUAUUACUAUGGACUUUUUUUAUAAAAAAAAAAAAAGUUCUUUGAUCCUAAAUUUUUGUUGUUAAUACUUUGUUGCCAAAAUCGAAAUCCUUUGAGCAGUAAUCGGUUUUGUAUCAUCAACAAGCUACAUUACCAAUUUAUCAAUCAAAUUAUAUCUUCAAAUUUCUAAUUCAUUCAAAUUUAAACCAUCAAUUGCAAUUAAUAUUAAUACAAAUUGCAUUUAUAUUUCAUAGUAAUAUUAAUUGAAUUUAAAAAAUUCAUAGCUCCAUCGAAAUUCCAUAAUUUCGAAUCUCCAAAAUUCCCCAUAAUAUUUAAUAAUCGUAACUGACUAUCAGCUAUAUUCUCGCUGUACUAUAAAAAAAAUCAACCAAUCAAAUUAAGGCUUGGCAAUAUGAUGGCGUGUAACAUCACUUCCGUUCUAUAAUAAACUCACUCGGUAAAUAUAUAUAUAUCUAUUUCAACAUCACCGCCAUUGUUUCCAUACCCCGUGCCCAUUUUUUAACUUCUCGGUUACCAUCGAAAGAGUCUCGAUUUUCAAGUCAUCAUUUUAUCUCUUUCUCUCUCUUUCUAUUUUUUCCACCCAACCCUCCCAGUCUUCUUGAGGCGGUUCUCAUAUCACCAACCUGGUGAUUCGCGAGUGCCAGUGAGUCCGUCAUAUUUUUUUUAACUGUUGUUCGUUUUUAUCCCGUUCCAAAUACUCAUUAAUAUAUUUUACCAAUAACUUUUCUUUCUCCCUCUAUUUUGUUUUUUUUUUUUUCCUUCUUUUAUAACUCUUUUAUUUUUUUUUAUAUUAAAUUAAAUAUAAAAUUGAGACAAGUAUACAUAUAUAACUCGUUGUGUCGUCGUCGUCGUCCAGCCUAAAGAAGAGUAUAAAAAUGUCGAUGCAUUGGUGGGAUCUGUAACGAUAUAACUUGUUACUAGUGACUUUCGCCAGACUAAGUCUUUUCAGCAUAUUUCAGCUGUGAUCAUUUGUGUUGUUAUAUAUAUUAUUUAUAUAUGUAUAUGUGUGGAAAUAAUCGUCGUUUUGCGACUACAAAGAAAGUGAGAUAGACGAGUAAAGACGGCUCAAGAACGGUCAUCAAAAACGACAAGUAGUGUGGUAGACGACCUGAGGCCGCCCAACAUAUUUUGGCUUCGGUCGCGAUUGUAAUAUAUAUAUUUAUUUAUUUUUUUUUUUUUUUUGUUUUUUUAUUUUAUUAUUAUUUUCCCUACUGUGUUCUUCUAAUAACUUAGUCAUUGGAACAAAGUGAUCAAAGUCAAGUAAAAAAAAAAAAAAAUUGUGAUUUUUCAACACUAAGGAAUAUUGUUAUUAUUAUAAAAUUAAAUUUCCCAAGCAACGGAUUAACCAUCUU